AUGAGACCCCUAACCUUCAAAGUGACCAAACCGCUGUGGAUUGUCUCCACCUCGCUCGACCAGCCCGAUGAGGCGACCAGAAGGGUAAUGCGCAGCCAUGUUAUGCGCGACAAGAACACCCGCGAUGCUAAGCGGCAGCGGAAAGUAGCCCGCCUGAUGGCCGACGACAAUUCCCGCUGGACGGAACGCAAGCUGUCCCGGGCGACUCUUGAAGCCCAAGGCGAUGUGGCCGAGUGGAUUCCCAAGUCCUCUGGCAGGCUUGCGGCUGAGCUGUCUCUCGCCGGCUUCGACAUGGACCUCACCCCUCACAUGCUGGAUCUGAUUUAUCGAGCCUUCACCUUAAUCAAGCCGGCAACGUUCAGCCUUGAGAAUGCGCUUGUUGCUGGCCCACAACAGACCAUGUACUGCUUCGACAACAUCGCCCACAACCCUGGUCUCGUCCACUCGAUGCUCUUCACGGCCCAGUGUCUCUAUGAUACGACCUUGGACGUAACCUACAGCGAUGCCGCUCGGUGGCAUCUUGCCAAGGCCCUGUUUUAUCUUCAACAGUAUCUUCAGUCCGAGGGUUCUUCAACCAGCAAUGCAACAAUGGCCGUCAUCGUUUCGCUAGCCACAUCAGCAAUCAUGCUCCAGGAUUUCACAAUGCUCAAGGCACACAUGGACGGCCUGUACCGUCUGAUCCAGCUGCGUGGUGGGCUGGCUGCUCUUGGCGAGGGCAGCAUGGUCGAGCACAAGGCUCAGAGGAUCGAUUUUGCUCUAUGUUUAGCUACUGGAGAACAAUCAAGGUUCUUCCGUGAGGUGCCUUGGGUACCCCAUAUCGCCACUGAUGGUGCGACCAGGUGCCCUGAAUUGCGCCAUGUUUGCCCAGACCUAGACUCAAGGAUACAAACCAUCUGGGCUGAUUUACGAGAAUUUUCCAAAGCGGCAAACGACGCAACAAGGACCAACGUGAAGAUGACACCGGGGUUCUUCUCUCGUCUUAGCCAGUCAGUUCCAUAUCGUCUGCUUGCUAUCGAAUUUGACGUGGGCUCCAACUCGGAACUGCUGCGUCUCUGCAUGCUAUCAUAUGUGAAAUAUCUACUCAACCCCAUCAAAGGGUUCGGGAGGCACCUGGUGUAUCUGGCUAAGCGAAUCAAAGCGUCGCUGCUUGCACACCAACUAGUCCCUGGUAAGGGAGCCGAUGGGCUGAUUGUCUGGGCACUUUUCGUGGUUGCCAAUUCUGUGUAUGAGGAUUUUGAUCGAGAAUGGAUACAGGACAUGAUGGGUCAAGCAAUUUCAAGUCUCGGCCUGCAGACAUGGGAAGAAAUAGUACCUGUCCUGGAACGCUACCUGUGGAUUCGUGUCACAUUUGAAGGCCCUGCGAAGGCUCUGUAUCGCCAGUGGUGGCCACAAAGCAACUCUAGUCGAGGGAAAUAA